AUGAAUAUUGCCCGUGAUGGAGAUACCCGACUUGUAUCAUUAAAUCAAUCUGUUUGUGUUGAUGAUAAUGAAAAUAAUAAAAAUAAAGUUUCAACAAGACGAAGAAGAACACCUUGUGGGAAAGUAGAAUUGUCCCUUUUAAAUUUUGCUACUCAAAAUCCUGAUUGGGUGCCUACUGGGCCUGAAGCUGAAUUUAUUUCUAAUGUUAAGGAUUUGGUUUCAACAGAAGUUUUUGGAAUUUUGGAAAAUAUGGAAAAUCAACGUUUAUUAUAUCAAAGAUCGAAUAAUAAAAGUGUUGUUUUACCUACUAACGCAGAGAAGAAUUACCCUUUAACUAUGCAAAAGUCAUCUGAUGAGAAUGUGACUCCAACAACUAGUCAACAACAACCUGGCCCGGUUUUGGCAGAACAAAAGGAGGAAGAGACAUUUACCGGUGUUGGAGGACUUCCCUCAGCUUCACAAAUUGAAAGACAACGCCAAUUACAAGAACAAUCACUUGCCAAUAUUUUAAGUAACAGUUCUUCAUUGCGUGGAAUGUUAACAACAUCAAUCCAUUCACAAUUAAAUUUACAACAACAACAUCAAAUGUUACUUGCUUCUAGUUUUAUAGCCCCAGCAUCAUUGUCUGCAACAGUACAACCACGGACUGAACAAGAAAACAAAGCAACAGAAAUGUCACUUAAUGCAUUAGCAAUUAACCAUAUUCUUGCAAUAAAUACAAAUCCAAAUGAAUUAAUUCAACAACAACAAAAUGUUCGUUCUCGUUAUAAUAAAAAUAAUCGUGGCUAUGGUUCUAUCCGAAAUAAAGGAGGAAUAAUAACAGAAACUCAACCAAUUUUGGAUAGUAUGGCAGAAAGUAAUAUUUGGGGAGUUCCUGAUUUAACAGCAACAAGUCGUUUAAAUAAUUUAUUUACUUCUUCAAUUAAUUCGUCUUCAAUGUUAUUGGGAGGAGGAGGAGGGGGGAAUUUUAAAGGAAGAAAUGAAAGGGAAGAAGAAGAAGAAAUGAAACAAAUAAAUAAAACAAAAGAGAAUCAACCAUCAACAUCAACAACAACAAGUUUAUCUAUAACAGCACCACCUCCACCACCUUUACAACCUUUUUAUGUUGAUGAUAAAAAAGUAAUGAAGAAAUAA